GACGCUCAUUCGCAGAUUGUGCAGCGAAUUGAUCGAGACGCGGUUAUAUCAAGUAUGAUAAUGGUACGGCACUGUGUAUGUCGUUUUGAUUAAAGAUGGAGGAAACGGGUAACGAGAAAUUCCUAUCGCGAAGACGUUCCGCCGCUUUGAAGGCCUUUAAAGUCAAGGAUGAGAGAGUAGCCACCUUAAAGAAGGUGGCAGCGAUUUUACAAAAAUCGGAAAUAGAUCGAACGGCGGAAGAAACUGGGAUAUUGGCCUCCUGCAGCGAUGUAGUGAAAGAGGUUAAUUUACGACAAGAAAAACGACAUAAGAUAAAAGCAAGAUUAGAAGAAGUUGAAGAUGCCACUGAGAUUUUGGAUGAAAAAUGUAUGCGCUUGGCAGCAGCAAUCAGCAGAGCGACAUCCCUCACAGUGUACACUGGUGCUGGUAUUAGUACAGCAGCAUCUAUUCCUGAUUAUAGAGGAACUAAUGGUGUUUGGACUCGUAUGCAACAAGGAAAAGACAUUGGAAAUCAUGAUCUGAGUCAAGCUGAGCCAACAUUAACACAUAUGGCGCUUUAUGCAUUGUACAAAGCGCGCGUUCUCAAAUAUGUAGUUUCUCAAAACUGCGAUGGAUUACACUUACGCAGUGGUAUCCCACGCAAUCUUCUGUCGGAAGUUCAUGGUAACAUGUAUGUAGAAGUUUGUAGGGCAUGUAAACCAUUUAAAGAAUAUUGGAGGCUCUUUGACGUCACUGAAAAGACUGCUCGAUAUCAGCAUGGUACAGGAAGAUUAUGCCACAGAUGUAAUUCACUGUUGCAAGAUUCCAUUGUUCAUUUCGGUGAGAGAGGUAAUCUACCUUGGCCAAUCAAUUGGAGCGGAGCAUCUAGAGCUGCAAAGCAAGCAGAUAUUAUACUAUGUUUAGGUUCUAGUCUAAAAGUUCUCAAAAAGUAUCCGUGGUUAUGGCAGAUGGAUAAACCCGUUCACAAAAGAGCUUCCCUCUACAUUGUCAAUUUGCAAUGGACCCCGAAAGACGAAAAUGCAGUUUUAAAGAUAAAUGGAAAAUGCGACGAAGUGAUGAAGAGAGUAAUGAGUCAUCUUGGUUUAGAGAUACCACAAUAUAAUCGUACAAAGGAUCCUAUCUUCUUUCAUGCUAUAAAACUUCAAAACAGUGAACAACUCACUACGACUCAACCGUGUCUCGAGGAGCCGACAAUUAAGAAGGAGCCUUUGAGUCAAAGUAGCGAUGAGAAUGUGAAGUGUACAGUGCAACAAACUGAUGACAAAGAAGAUGACUGUAUAUCGACGGUAACGGUAACUGACACAUCAACUGCCUAUCCAGCUCCUUUUUUCGCCGCGUUACCAUUCUUAUCCAUGGGCUUGCCAUUUCCUCCUAUGUACAUGUACCCUCAAUUAACGCCAUUGUUUUAUUAUCCCUUCAUCCAAGCACCGAAUGCACAGAUAGAGGCGCCGAAACCCAAGCCAGCUUGUUCGUUUUGUAUGGAAAAUGAGGGCUCUCUUACCUGUUUGUAUUAUCAGCGUGACGGAGAGUGUCUUACACCAACGAAGACGGAGAACGAACAGAAGCAGGAAGAAGGUACAUUGGUGAUUCGUGCGGACACUCCGAGCAUAGCAUCUCCAAAGAAUCCAGGUUGGUUUGGUAAAGGAUACCGUAAAGGUAUGAGAAGGAAGCGGUAGCAUCUGCUCUUUAUAAUACGCCCAACGCUUUUUUGGUCCUCGCUCUUUAUCGAGAUUAUAAUAUAACCUUGUAUUGUACGAUAUAAUAACGUACAUAAGUAUUUAAAGUCGCCAUAUCGUAAUAAAACUGCAUAUUUUGUAGGUUUAUAGUAAUUUGAUUCCAGUAUUCGAAGCUUUAACAAAUAGACUGAAAUUUUGGAAAUGAAUUCUAAUAACACACAAAAAGAAUCUAUCAUUUGUAUCCAUUUCAGAAAGAUUACUUUUUCAAGAUUUGUACUUCUCUCAUAUAAAAACAAGAUGAGGAAAUAAGCUGCACAUUUCGAUUGGAGAUUAUUUUAAGAAAAUAUU